UCGCCUGUUACGGAAUCAAAAAAGCCUCCCCAACAGAAAAAUCAAUUUCAGUUUCAUGCUGCCAAAUCGAACGAGAAGGAGAAUAAAGCCCCUGUUGUACAGGAAGAAAGGAAACUGCACGACAGUAAGCCUGCAACAGGGGGUGGAAAUGAGAGCACGGGCCAGAACGAUAAGGCCCAGAGAAAAACAGAAACAAAAACCCAUCUAAUUACUAGAUUAAGUUUAGAGAAGGAAAAGAAUCGACAAACAACACGAACGUCUAAGCAAAAGUGGGAUAAUGCGCCGAAGAUGAAUAAAGUAAAAUGUGUAGAAACUAAAGCGAAACAGAGAGAAGAACUCACGUUUAAACCGAAUAUUAACCAAUCGGAUCAUAUGUUCACUGUGUACACCGGGUUAACAAAACAGGAUAUCAGAAAUAAUAAACUUAAUUUGGAGCAAUCGGUUGACUCUGAGAAGGUAGAUACCUCGGGUGUGACCCCUUCCGUAACUGCCUCUCCACCGGUGUCGUCUGUUUCUCCAGGACAUAAAAAGGAAUAUAUAUUAACAAGACGUGAAGCAAAGGCGUAUAUCAAUAUGCACACGGCCUAUAAUAACGCUGACACCAAAAAACAAAGAAAGGCCAAACUUAUUGAUAGACUUUCAGAAGCACAGUUAGCAUAUAUAAAACAACAUAAUGAAAUGUUAAAGCUUAAAGAAAAACAGAAACAAGAAUCAAAAAUUAGACAACAAAAACAAUUAUCAUAUCUCAGACGGAAGUUUGAAAAAGACCAAUGGCGGCGUUUCAGGUCUCAGUACGUAACUAAUAAAAUCGUGGAGCACGAGCUCAUGAACAGAAACGAGUAUGGAUUGCCUCAGGAACUCGAUGAAGAUGUUCAAUACGGUGCCAAAUUAAAACGAAAGAAACAGAAGCCAAUUAAAAAUGUUAACAAAGAUGAACUUAGAAAACGUAAUGCGAAAAAAUAUGAAAAAAUGUUUAUUGCUUAUAAUAAUUCUUCAGCUUACAAAUGUGAAAAGGUCCCAAAAAUGGAAGGAAUUGAUACAAUUGUGGUUUCAGAGAAAGAUAAAAAUGGCCAAAUGGUAGAGAAAAAGAAAAUGGUGUCUGAUGUAAUAAAAGAGGCGGAAAGAGAAAUCAAAUCAUCCAAUCAACAAAAAGAUGACGAAAAUACUACAAAGACACCUCAGCCAAAUACCAAGAAACGGACACCCAGUCCGAAAUCAAGCCAUGACAGAGAUGCUCUAAAUAUCAGUCUGGAUAGUCUGGACUUGGAUGAAGAUGACGAUGAGGAUGAUAUAUUUGAACGUGCUAGAAAGAAAUACGGUCUGGAUAUAGACAGUUCUUUAGAUACAAACAGUUUAGAUCAUAGAUAAUACUUAUAUUAGAAUAUUAGAAUAUAAAGAAAUGUGGCUGAGAUCCUCUGGGUAAUUGGAGAACUGGGUGCAUAUUGUAAUUAUAGCUUAUGUUUAAUGGAGGCUCCAGUUCUAAUAAGAAUACCCGUCUUCAUUAACCCAGUCGGAGAAGGACAGUAGUACGUUAAACCCCAUUUCAGUUUAUUUCAUUCUACAUUUCAUUUCAUUUUAUUCCAUUUUAUUUCUAAUAGCUGCAUUUAUAUUCCCUGUAACUUUCUACAAUUUUUAUCGUAUUGAAAGACCAACCUGAAAUCUAGCGAUAAAUGUGUAUAAUUUAAACUGUAACUGUACAAAUCCGUACGAACCCGCGAGGCCCCCAAUAGAGCUGCUUUGUGUUCAAUCACCCGAAAAUUCAGGCGGAGAGGCAAGACAUUUCGGAUAGAACAACAGAAAAUCAGAAAUACGUAUUAAUCUAAAUUAUAAAGCCUUUUGGAUUGACAAUGUUUUGUUGGCACAGUUUUGUUAAAAGUACAACUCAGGGGUAACAAACACCAUCACAUUGACACAAUUGAAUGAUAAUUUAUCACUGACAAAUGACUGAUAAGUGCAAUUGAUAUGACAGAACAAGUGCGCAGAUAUUCAACGAAACAAGCAAAUAAAUUCUAGAAAAUAAAAUGUUGUUUCUAUUGAUUUAAUGUUUAUUGUCACCUCUUUGCCUGGGUCAAACG